AUGAAACGAUAUCAGACGGGAGCAAAGGCUGAUGCUGCUCGUGCGAAGGCGGACUACGCGCAUAAAGAAGCAGAGAUAAGGAGACGUCAACUCAAGAUAAAAGAAGAAACAGACCUGCUGCAGGUCGAUCUUGAUGUGUUACGCAGUGAGAAGGAGGCAGCAAUAGCGGAGGCCGAAGCUAAGGCACACGAGACAUUUACUGGUAGUCAAGACAACCUCUCCGAAACUUCCAGACCCCGAAUGGGCAUCAAUGUGGAGUUUCAGAGCAGUGCUGAGCGCACCAUGAGAUAUGCAGCAGAACACGAUGCUUCUGCUAUUCAGAAGGAGAGAGACACGCUGGACAAGAUACCUAUGUUGCAGGCACAGUCGAAGCCAGAGAACUACAACGUAGUGACAUCUGAUAUAUUUCGUCCAGAGGAACAUCGUACCAGAUUGAGCUCCAGAGCGACUGAAUUUCAUCCGAGGGGUAUCCAGCCUGACAUCUCCGCAAAUGUGACAGAGUCACCAAACGCUGUGCACACGGCUACAGACCUUACACGUCUUUUGUUAAAGAAGGAACUUUUGGGUUCACGUUUGAUUAAUUACAAUGAUCGUCCGGAGUCUUAUGCCUCUUGGAAAAUGACUUUUAGGAACGUCACACAAGAGUUACAGGUAACUGCUAUAGAAGAGCUCGACCUCCUUGUUAGGUGGCUAGGUCCUGAAUCCUCGGGGCAGGCACAGAGUCUGAGAGCGGCAAGUCCCUUGAACCCCGGAAGAGGCCUUCAGCGUGUGUGGGAGAGACUGGAUGAUAGGUACGGUGCUCCCGAGAAAGUGGAAGCGGCCCUAAAAUGGCGACUUGAGAGCUUCUCAAGGAUUACAGGCAGGGACAAUAAAAAACUGUAUGAACUCUCUGAUAUUCUGGCAGAGAUCGAGGCAGUGAAAGAAGAUCCGCAAUAUCAGGCAGUCAUGGCAUAUUUUGACUCAUCAUCCGGGAUCAAUCCUAUAGUAAAUCGACUCCCAUACGGGAUGCAGGAGAAAUGGACAACGUCGGCACAGAACUAUAAAAGGAAAUAUGGCGUCACCUUUCCACCAUUUUCUCAUUUUGUGGAAUUUAUUCGAGAAAUCGCACGUGUGAAGAACGAUCCCAGUUUCCUGUUUGAGAGUUCUGACGCCACAACAGGCAGAAAGGACAAGAACGCAAUGAGGAUCUUUCAGUCUGACAUGAGACCCUUGACAACCAGGAAAGUGGAGAUCUCCGAUGACAAAGUCGAGGUUGACCCUGAAAGGCUUUGCCCGAUUCACAAAUUGAGGCAUACCCUCAACCAGUGCAGGAGCUUUAAACGCAAGCCGAUACAUGAACGGAGGAAACUCUUAAGGGAGUUUGGCAUCUGCUUCAAGUGCUGUGCUUCCUCUAAACAUGCCUUUCGCAAUUGUAAGGAAGCUGUUGAAUGCGAGGAUUGCGGGAGCAAAGAGCAUGCGACGGCCCUACAUGUCUGGUCAAACAUGUCUACAUGUCUACAUACAUCAGGGUCGCAUGGACGUCAGCCAACUCAUGGCGGGGAGUAUGGCGGUCAGAUACGUACAAAGUGUACUCAGAUUUGUGGGCCAGGGUUCGUUGGAAAGUCGUGUGCCAAGACACUGCUUGUAAGUGUACACCCCCAGGGACACCCGGAAAUGGCAGUUAGAACGUAUGCUGUGAUAGAUGAUCAGAGCAAUAGAUCAUUAGGGAAGUCCGAAUUGUUUGAUCGACUGCACAUUGAUUGUGGCAAGACCGCAUACACUCUGUCGACAUGUGCUGGUCAGGUUGAGGUAUCGGGUAGGAGGGCGAAUAACAUAAUCAUUAAAUCACUGGACGGAACUUCACAACUGACUCUCCAUACCAUGAUAGAGUGUGAUGAGAUUCCGGACGCACGUGAGGAAAUUGCCACACCUGAGGUAGCGAUGCAUCAUGCUCACCUUUGUGACAUAGCAAAGCAUCUCCCUCCUAUAGACGGCAAUGCCAGUAUCCUUCUUUUGAUUGGUAGGGAUCUCAUAGAAGCUCACCACAUACUCGAGCAGCGUACAGGCCCACCCUCAUCUCCAUAUGCCCACCGACUGCGUCUAGGCUGGGUGAUAGUCGGAGAAGCAUGUCUAGGCAAAGUACAUAGGUCAGAAUUUAUCUCAGUAAGGAAGACCUAUCUCCUGCCCAAUGGACGCACCACCAUUCUUGCGCCAUGCACCAGUACUCUCAAAGUGAAAGAGACGUUCAAGGAUCGCGAGCUUGGGGUUGACAUGAGUUUCGAACAAGUAUACUCGUGUUUCGCGUUGAACGUGUUAAGAACGGAAGAUGACGAUAAACCUGGUCUCUCUGUGGAGGACAGAGAGUUUCUCCACAUUAUGGAAAAGUCGAUGUUCAGAGAGGAACAUGGGAAUCUUGUUGCUCCACUACCUUUUCGGAACCCUAAGCCGAGGCUCCCCAACAAUAGACCCCAAGCUAUGAAGCCGCUGGACACUAAUGCUAGCCUUCGCAAAGACCGCUGUGAAGCGACAACACUUUGUGGCGUUCAUGGUCUUUUGGGGAUUUUGCUCCGAUUCCGCCAACAUUCCGUUGCUGUAUCGUCCGACAAUGAGCAGAUGUUCUACUGCUUCAAGGUAACAGAAGAUCACAGAAACUACCUGCGGUUCCUGUGGUACAAGGACAACAACCCCGAGAAGGAAUUGAUCGAGUAUAGGAUGGGUGUCCAUGUUUUUGGAAACAGUCCCUCUCCUGCUGUUGCUACCUAUGGACUGCGAAAGGUGGCACAGGCAGGUGAGGAGGUGUUUGGUGCAGACGUAAAAGAGUUCGUUACGAAGAACUUCUACAUCGACGAUGGACUCGUGUCACUGGCAUCUAGUAAGGAAGCAGUCGAUCUGAUCAAGAGAACCCAGGGUUCAGGAGGAAACAUACGUCUACAUAAAAUUUCUUCCAACAACAAGGAAGUGAUGAAAGCCUUUCUUCCUCAGGAUCUGGCCAAGGACCUGAAGGACUUAGACCUGGGCAACGACCUGCUACCCUUACAACGAAGUUUAGGGUUGGUAUGGGACCUGGAGACAGAUUCAUUUACAUUCCGAGUGUCAGAGGAGGAGAAACCAUACACGCGAAGGGGCGUGUUGUCCACGGUAAAUAGCCUAUAUGAUCCACUCGGAUUUGUUGCCCCUGUAGUAAUUCAGGGUAAACUUCUACUUAGAGCAUUGUGUGCCGAGACGCAAGAUUGGGACGACCCAUUACCAGUGCAGUACAGAGGAGACUGGGAGAGGUGGAGAGACUCCCUGAAGUCUCUGGAAGACUUGCAUAUCCGACGUACAUAUGUGGAUUUACCAUUUAAAGGUGGCACCAGGAAAGAAAUCCACAUAUUCUCAGAUGCAUCGGAGAGCGCCAUUGCAGCAGUGGUGUACCUGAAGUGUUCGGAUUCAUCUGGAAAGGAGCAGAUAGGGUUCAUCAUUGGCAAGAGCAAGGUUGCGCCUAAAAGCGGCCACACCAUACCAAGACUGGAAUUAUGUGCGGCAGUUCUGGCCACAGAACUAUCCAGACUCACACUAGAUGAAUUGGAAUUCACUCCUGAUGCUGUCAGGUUCUAUACUGACAGCAAGGUGGUUUUAGGCUACAUUAACAAUCGUUCUCGACGUUUUUACAUGUAUGUAGCAAACAGGGUGGCCCAGAUUAGGAGGUGGUCUAACCCCGAGCAGUGGAGUUAUGUACGGACAGAGAUGAACCCGGCUGAUUGUGCUACAAGGUGUCUGUCUCCAGAGAAGCUGAAUGAGAGUUUGUGGCUCUCGGGGCCGACUUUCGUUGGCAAUAGUGACAGUAACGACGAGGUCAUGGAGCAUGAACUGGUUGACCCAGAGGACAAGGAGGUAAGACCAGAAAUUGUUGCUAUGGCGACCAAAGUCGGAGACCCAUUUUGGCUACAGAAGGCUCGCAAGUUCUCCUCGUGGAAGAGAUUCGUGAAGGCAAUCGCACUUCUCAGAUGCGUUGUACGUAACCGUCGAGGUGACGGUGUAUGUGGAAGCGACGACGUGCGGUCGGAAUCGAAAACUGUGAAGAGUUACAGGGACACAGAACAAUUUAUCCUCAGAGAGGUUCAGAAAGAAGCGUACUCCAAGGAAUUGCAAUGCAUUAGGGAGAGGAAACCAUUACCCAAUGACAGCUCUAUUCUGAAACUGAAUCCUUUCGAUGUUUGGCAGUGA